AUGUCACAAUUCACAGGUUACGGAGUGGAAGUAGAGCUGAAAGACGGCAAAAAAAUAGCUGGUACGGUUGCUAAAGCCAAUAGCAAGUCUUUAACUUUAUCUGGUGUGAAUUUUAGUGAUGGCGGCACCUCCCAAGUUUUCAAAGUCAAAGCCACGCGAUUGAAAGACUUGAAAGUGGUGUCAACGCCCAAACAACCUGCAAAGACCAGCCCCAAACCCGCUGCGAUCCCUGCUAGCAACUCUCAAAUUGAUUGGCAAGAUGACGACGCUGCAGCUAUCAAGCAACAAGAUGAUUUUGAUUUUCAAGAAAACUUGCGUAUAUUCAACAAAGAGGACGUAUUUGCCAAACUUAAAGAACAAGAUCAAGUUGAGCAAAACUCUCGCCUAGUUUCACACAAUAUAAGGGAUAAAAAACUCGAUAUAGAUGAGCUUGUAAUCCCAGAUGCCAAGCAGGAUAACUGGGACAGUUUGGAAGAGGACUCGACCCAUACAGAAUAUCUGCCCAUCACCAAGUCCAUAAACAUCACUCAUUUAUUACAAACGGCUGGUGAUGCGGACGCCAAAAACGACCAAGUAUUAUCACAACUACAACGAGCCUUGAAACGUCCAGGAUCGCUAUCAGGUUCGAAGAGCGCAGGGUUUGUGGCGGCCUCUACGGGUGUUCCAGUUCCAUGCGCUACUCCAGUACAACUCCUCGAAAUUGAACGAGUAUGCAGUGACUCAUUUGGAUUUACGUCCAAGCUAGCCCUAGAACACUGGGCAAUCCAUAUGUCACUGUUUGUGAAACAAAAGCUAGGCGGAAGAGUUCGUUUGCAUGCUCAAAACAGCAACCCACAACCAUUAGUAGUUAUCCUUGCGGGUGAUAACAGGUGUGGUACUCGUGGUUUGGCGCUCGCUCGUUUACUGUGUCAAUCGUCUCUAGUUCGUGUGGUGGUUCUUUUUACAAGUUCGCCAGAGGAUCAAGAGGUAAAUGAACAAUGGCAAUUGUUUCAAAAAAGUGGUGGCAAGACAGUGGAGUCUUUGCAAUCGUUAAAAUCAAGUCUCGAAAAACUGAAUUCACCAGUAGAAAUCGUCGUGGACGCGAUGCAAGGGUUUGACUCUAAUUUACAAGAUACGUGCUCUGACGCCAGCGAUGAAGCGCGUGUGGAAGACAUCAUUAAAUGGUGCAACUCUCAACAGGCUGUUUGGUCUUUGGAUAUUCCUAGUGGGCUAGAUGCAGCAAGUGCGUUGCCUAACUUUGGUGUUCAUGUAAAUGCAAAAAUGGUAAUAUGUUUAUGCUGGCCAUUGACGGGGACUUACAACUUAAGAACUCAACUAGCAGAAAACGGAUUGGAAGUUCAUUUAGUUGAUAUGGGGGUUCCUCAGGCUGUUUACUGCAUGCGUAGCUCACUGCGCAAGUUCCAAACUGCAGAUCUGUUUGUCACGGAAGGAAUGGUACAAUUGCAGUAG